AUGGCCAGCAACAUGACCAGGGACGACAAGGUAACACUCGAGUAUCGCGAUACAUUAGCCAUCAUCACUCUCAACAACCCGACCAAGCUGAAUGCCCUGACGAAAGACCUAUACUAUCAGCUGGCGACCUUUCUCUACGAAGUUGCGGCUCGAGAUGAAAUCCUGGUGACCUUGCUGAUCGGGCGAGGGCGAUUCUUCUCUGCAGGGGCCGAUGUGUCCGUGUCACGCAAACAACCACCAGGCACGGACCUGUAUCGGCAUUUCCUGACGUACACGGUCGCUUCGAAUCUCAACCUCGCCAGGGCGUUUUACAUGCAUCCCAAGAUCCUGGUGACGGCGCUCAACGGGCCCGUCAUCGGCAUGUCCGCGGCCAUGAUUGCUUACUCUGACUUCAUCUACGCGGUACCGCACGCUUAUCUGCAGACGCCAUUCGCGAGCCUGGGUCUGGUGGCCGAGGGAGGUGCGAGUGCGGCGUUCGUGGAGCGCAUGGGCAUCGCCAAGGCCAACAAAGCUUUGAUCCAAGGCCGCAGGCUCGGAGCAGAGGAGCUGCUGAGCUGCGGCUUCGUCGACCGCGUCUUCACGACGGAUGGCGGUGAUGAAGCCGCGUUCGAACGGGCAGUGCUUGACGAGAUCAAAGAUGGGUUCGGGGAUCAUCUCAACGGGGAAAGCAUGCUUCGGAUCAAAGCGUUGAUCAGAGGCAAGCAAAGGCGCGAUCUGCAUGCUCAGAAUGUCGAGGAAGUGUUUGAGGGGAUGGCGAGAAGUGUCGCCGGUAUACCGCAGCAACAGUUUGAGAAAGUCAGGCUCAGAAAUCUCCAGAAGUCAAAGGCGAAGAGCAAGCUUUGA